AGAAGCGACAAGAUGGCGCCGUCUCAAAGAGCACUUUCUGUCGACGAUUCUCAUUCCCGGGUCUCUUGAAGGAAGACACUGUGUCCUCGUCCAUGUCAGCAGAUGGAGUUCUUACUGUCACUAUUCCGAAGAAGAGUUCCUUGACAGACAAGGAGGCCCAAACUAUCAAAAUCACUGCCUCGCACAAAAACUCUGCAGAUGCUACAAAUACACACAAGAAUAUCACAAACAACGUCAAAGCAAAACAAGUUAGUGUCGAAGAAAAAUCAUCAAAAUCAUCUCGAGCGAAAGUGCAAGAUCAAGCUCAGUCGACGGAGUUUCAGAACACGCAGGCUUCGAGCGAGUCGAUGGAGGCCAAGCCACUUGCUCCCUUCCACCUUCUUCCCAUUUCCGAAAGAGGGCCUUUUUUCCGCGAUUCCUUCUUCCAGGACACUCGACAGCAAUUCCAACAAGCCGUCGACCAAGUUCUCAAAGACUGGGGACAACUGGACUCUGCGAGCGACCACAUGGACAUGUACAGGAACUUGCGAAAGCACAACUUGCAGGAAGAGAACCAAGCCGUCGCCUUUAGCGAGGACCACCAGUGUUAUAAGAUUGUGGUGGAUGUACAAGACUUCAAGGAAGGCGACGUCAAGGUCAAAGUGGUGGACGAGAAUGAACUAACAGUCGAAGGCAAUUUGGAGAUCAAGCGAGGCGAUUCCGUGUCCAGCAAGAGUUUCUUCCGCCGUUUCUGCUUCCCAGGACUCGUGAGUGCCGACACCGUGAGGUCUGGGAUGUCAUCUGACGGCAUCCUCACUGUUACUGUACCAAAGAAAACAUCAGGAUCUAAGGCCAGUGCAGUUUCUGAAGCUCACGUUUCCCAGACUUCAUCUCAAAGCACUGGAGAAAAUCUCACAGAGAAAACAAAAUCAGAAAAGCAAAGUUUUCGCUCCGGGUAUCAGAAUACAUGUACUAAGAAGACUGAAGCGACUUCAUCGUCGUUACCAACGAACAAAAUCAUCAGCGAGGAAAAACAAGAAAAGCAAGAAAAAGACGCCCAUAAUAAAACCAGUGAAAUCGGAUCCAUGCUUUCACACAACAUACAGUCAAGCAAGGACGCAGUGGACAAGUGCCUUUCCAUUUCCUCGAAGGGUCAUUUCUUCUCUGAUUCCUUCUUCGAAGACGUUCGUAAGGACUUCGAAACGGCUGUCAAUGAAGUCCUCAGCAGGCAUGAUAUGGGGAGUGCCAACGACGAAAUCUCCUGCUACCGAAGUCUACGGGAACGUGAGCUCAAGGAUGAGACUCAGGCGAUGAAGACUACAGAAGAUCAAAACGGAUUUAAGGUAGUGUUAGACGUCCACGACUUCAUGAACGAAGACGUCAAAGUGAAGGUGGUGGACAACAAGGAGGUGGUGGUGGAAGGUCGUGCGGAGAAGAACGACGGAACCUUGAGGUCAAGCAAGAGCUUCUGUCGGCGCUUCACUUUUCCUGGCGCAGUAGACAUGAAUGCUGUCACUUCAGCUAUGUCCUCCGAUGGUGUCCUCACCAUUACAGCACCCAAAGUUUGAAAAUAGGGGACACUGAAAACUGUAUCCGCUGAGACAAUAUGUGAAGAUAUUUCACAAUGCCAAGGUUAUCAACUGUUAUGCUGAAGAUAUUUAAAGAAUAGCAUUGUUGAAAUAUAUAUUUUAUUUUAAUCUAUUUUUAUACGAAAUGAAAUGUAUUGAUUUAUA